AUGGAACCCAACGUCAACAACACCAACCUACUCACCUCACUCUUCGAGCACCAAACCGUUACCCCCGUCACCGUCAACGCUUCUCCAGUUAACGGUUCAACCACCGAUGGGUCCCACAGUAACCUUCUUUCCGUUACCGACAAUAAGAAGAAGCGAGGUAGGCCAAGGAAGUACGAGUCUCCGCAAGAAGGUCUCGCCGCUAGGAAAGCUGCCGCUGCCGCCGCCGCUGCUGCCGCCGCUACUUCCCCUGCUCCUGCGACGUCGUUUUCGUCUUUGAAUCUCAACAAGCAGAAAAAGUUUCAUUCCUCUUCUCUAGGUAAUUUGAGAGAGAACUUCAAUCUUCACAUUGUUACUGUUCUUGCUGGUGAGGAUAUUGGCCAAAAUAUUAUGUCCCUCAUGCAAAAACAUAGUAGGUGUGAGAUGUGCAUUUUGUCUGCAUCUGGUUCCAUCUCUAGUGCCACUCUUCGUCAGCCGGCAACCGCUGGAGGCAAUAUUACAUAUGAGGGUCGCUUUGACAUUAUUUCCCUGACUGGAUCCUAUGUCCGUAAUGAACAUGAAGGCCGUUCUGGUGGUCUUAGUGUAUGCUUAGCUCAUUCUGAUGGGCAACUUGUAGGUGGAAGCAUUGCCGGACCCCUCAAAGCCGCUAGUCAAGUUCAGGUCAUCGCUGGCACAUUUUCUAUUGAACCCAAGGACACUGGUGCCAGUAUAAAAGGCAAUACUUCUACCAGCAAGUUACCAUCACCGGUUGGUGAUCCCACAUCAGGUUUAGGUUUCCGCCCAGCACUUAACUCUUCAAACGGGAAUGCAAUCCCGGGAAACAAAGAGCAUCAACCUAUUGGAGGAAGUCAUUUCAUGUCUCCACAAUAUGGAGUAAACGUGGUUCCUUUCCAUCCCUCGGAUUGGGGAAGUCGUCCAGAUUCUAGGAAUGCUGGUUUUGAACUGAUAGGAAGAACAGGCCAUGAAGCUCAUCACUCUCCUGAGAAUGGGGCCUAUUCCUGA